AUUCAAGCGAUUGUAGGAAAGAUCACAGACAUCUGCUGGGACAAGUGCGUAUCGAAGCCGGGCAAGGAGCUCACCGAUGCCGAGAAGAAUUGCAUUGCGAACUGUUCGGAACGAUUUUUGGAUACGAGCAUGUUUGUCGUGAAUCGCAUACAGGUUUUGUUUUAA